AUGACUAUCACAGCCUCCACUCGCCCUACGAUCCUUGUCAUUCAUGGGGCAUGGCAUCAUCCUGAAUUUUAUGCGUCGUUCUGCCAGGCAUUCCAAACCUUGGGCUAUGAAACAGUCUGCCCUCGUCUCCCAACUUGCAAUAAUGAUCUACCCCCCACAAAGAAAUUGGCCGAUGACGUGACGCUCAUCCGGCACACGUCACAAUCUCUCCUUGACAGUGGGAAAACUGUCGUUGCCGUGAUGCACUCCUACGGCGGAGUGGUCGGCACUGAUGCCCUCCACGGACUGGCGAUUGAACACCUAAUCUACAUGACCGCUUUCAUCCCCCCAACUGGCAAUAGUCUUGCCGGUAUGUUUGGAGGACAACUCCCUCCUUUCAUCACAAUUGAUGACGAGAAAGACAUACUGACAGUUCCCGACCCGGCGACCUGGUUUUUCAACGACGUCCCCUCUGAGGAUGCAGCUGCAUGGGCUAAGAAGCUCGUGAUCCACCCGAAAUCCGCUCAAUUCGACUCAAUCUCCCAUGAGGCGUAUCGCAGCGCCCCCACUACGUACAUUGUGUGCGAAAAAGACGCGGGUCUCAUUCCCAUGGUUCAGGAGAUGAUGAUUGAUAACGUGCGAAAGGCGGGAGUGGAUAUAACCGUUGAGAAGUUGCCAGCGAGCCAUAGCCCGUUCCUGAGUAUGCCUGAAAAAACCGCCAAAUUGGUGCUAGAUAUUGUACAAAGGGGAUAA